AAACAAUAUAUGCACAGCAAGCAAGAUAGAGAGAGAGAGAGAGAGAGAGAGAGAGAGGAGGGGAGGAAUAAAUAGAGAGAGAAAUAGAGAGGGAGAGAGAGGAAGAAGAAACGGGCACUUUCAGACAGUAUUUGGGCAGGGGAACGCUUCAGGCCCUCUCAUUCAAUGCUUUACCAAACUCGCCAUCCCUUUUUCUUCUCCUCAUUCAACCCCUUUUCCACCUCCAUCUCCAACCCUCCUCCCGCUUCAAUCUCCGCCACCGCUCCUCCUCCUCCUCCGGCUGAAGGAGAAAUGGAGGGCGUUGAAGGGGCGUUGAAAAGCAGUAGUCUUGGCCCGGAUAUGGCGGCCAAAAAGUCCCAACAACCAGGCUUUGUGGACGACGUUGGUCAAACUGAUGUUUCCGGUGACGAUUUCUUCGUCGACGACCUCCUCGAUUUCUCCAAAGGAGGCGUCGAGGAUGGAGACGCCUUGUUUGAGGCCAAAGAAGAAGAACCGGAGCAUGAAGAAGAAGAAACCAGAGCUUGUUCUGUCUCCGUUCAAGAGCAGAAGAAAGAAACGGACUUCGACCCGUGCAGCGAACUCAGCGUUCCUGCGGAUGAUUUGGCCAACCUCGAAUGGCUCUCUCAUUUCGUGGAGGAUUCUUUCUCGGGAUAUUCCCUCACUUGCGCCGCCGGUAAAUUAGCAGAGAAGCCGGCCGACAACCGUCCCGGAGCGCCGGAAAUUCCGGCCCCAGCCAAGCCCCAGUUCACCACUCCGAUUCAGACCAAGGCCAGAAGCAAGCGGGCCAGAACUGGCGGCCGAGUCUGGUCGUUGGGGUCUCCUUCACUGACCGAGUCGUCGUCUACCUCGUCCUCUUCGACCUCUUCAACGUUGUCAUCUUCGCCGUCCAUUAGUCUCAACCCCUGGCUCAUCUGCGCCAGCCCGAGUCAAACCGCCGAGUCGGUCAAUCUCCUCGGCCCAGCGCAGCCGGCCAAGAAGCUGAAGAAGAAAAAGCAGGAAACCCCUUCCACCGGCGGCGGGGGCUCGCAGCAGCCGCGGCGGUGCAGCCACUGUCUCGUCCAGAAGACGCCGCAGUGGCGAGCCGGUCCACUCGGCGCCAAGACGCUCUGUAACGCCUGCGGGGUCCGUUACAAAUCGGGUCGGCUGUUCCCCGAAUACCGACCCGCCUGCAGCCCGACGUUCUCGAGCGAAAUCCACUCAAACAACCACCGGAAAGUGCUGGAAAUGAGGCGGAAGAAGGAGUUGGGCGGAGGGCCGCCGGUGGCCGCCGCGGUCCAAAGUUUUUGAAGACAAUAGAAACAGGACAGGAAGAUAUUCAGGGAAUAGAUUAGAACGAGAACCGGCCGGUCCAGUGGAACCGGGUCCGGACCGGUCCAGCUUAGUUGCGGUUUAGUUUGUACAUGUCUUUCAUGGGUUGGCACUGGCUUAAGGUUAUCUUCUAGGCAAUGUAACCGAUUUUAGGGAAAGAGAGUGGAGACUUUAUUAAUUAAUGUGUAACUCCUAAUUAAAUUUUUUUA